AUGGGUCUUAUACGAGCAAUUGUGAAGUCAAAACAGGAUACUGUUAGAUUGUUAAUCGAAGAACUUGUUGAAAAAAAAUCAGAUUCAUCAAAAAUGAAAUUUAAAUUGAAUGAUAAAUUUAUAAAAGUUCCAAAUAUAUUCAUUUUAUAUAGAUCAAAUAUUUACCAUCUUAAACAUCCAAAAUGGGUUAUAAAAAAACAUGCGAUGAUUUUUAGACCUGGUAAUUGUGUAACUGUACUUGAAUAUCCUAAUUUAAAAGAUAAUAGUUAA